GCUGCGAAAAGUCACGUACUCACGGAAAUUAACCAACAGAUGUCAAAUUUUUCACAUCAGUCCAAUAAACAGCGGCAAAAGCUAUUAUUUCAUUUUAUCGCUGAGCUAUAUUGAAUACGAAGUUAAUUCAAGUAUAUCUUAAAAAGAGAAAAAUUGCAUUGACCUCAAAAGAACAGAAUGAAUGAAGAAAUCAACCUGCCUAAACGUUCUAGAAAACGUCUUCGAGAAGUGAAGCGAAGGGCGCGUCCAGAAUUGGGGGACAAGGAGGCAUGGUCUGCUUUGCGAUAUUAUCAGCGGUUUGAUGACUUUAAAAAUAAAUUUGAGGAUAACGUUGAACGUAUCAAAGAAGAUGAAGUUAGUUGCGAGGAAUUUAUAAAUCGUUACGAAAAACCUUAUCUUCCUGUGGUUAUUGAAGGAUCCCAAAACGAAUGGCAGGCCGUAGAAAAAUGGACACUUCCACGUUUAGCGAAAAAAUAUCGAAACCAAAAGUUUAAAUGUGGAGAAGAUAAUGAGGGUUAUAGUGUCAAAAUGAAAAUGAAGUACUAUGUGGAAUAUAUGCGAUCAACACUUGAUGAUAGUCCCCUAUAUAUAUUUGAUAGUAGUUUUGGGGAACAUCACCGCCGACGCAAACUGCUGGAGGAUUAUACGGUACCGAAGUAUUUCCGAGAUGACUUAUUCAAACAUUGCGGGGAAGAACGACGUCCUCCAUAUCGGUGGUUUGUAAUGGGUCCAGCACGUUCUGGUACUGGUAUACAUAUCGAUCCUUUAGGAACAAGUGCUUGGAAUGCUUUACUUCGAGGCCAUAAAAGAUGGUGCCUAUUUCCAACUCAAACACCUAAAGAGCUACUAAAAGUGCCUAAUGCAAUGGGAGGAAAGCAACGUGAUGAAGCAAUAACUUGGUUCAGUACAAUUUAUCCACGUACUCAACAAGCUGAUUGGCCGGCAGAUUUGCGCCCUCUUGAGAUAUUACAAAAACCCGGAGAAACAGUAUUUGUACCAGGGGGAUGGUGGCACGUUGUGCUUAAUUUAGAUGACACAAUAGCCAUCACACAAAACUUUUGCAGUCGGACUAAUUUUCCAAUUGUUUGGCACAAGACUAUACGAGGCAGACCUAAAUUGUCACGAAAAUGGUUACGUGUUCUUCAUGAAAAGGAGCCCGAUCUAGCAAAACUUGCGGAGAGUAUUAACAUAGACCAAAGUACUGGCUUUGCUUCGGAUAGCUCUAGUAAUUCCAGUUCGUCAUCAAGUUCCUCUUCAUCGUCAGAAAAUGAAGGUGAUGGCAGUGAUAGUUGCAGCUCCAAUACAGACAGUGGUCAAGAAAGUUUAACGGCAAAGAAGAAGAAAAAGCGUCGUUUGGGUGGUGCAGUGGGAACUAAUUCUUGAUGUAGGCUGUGUGGCAGUGAGGAUAGUACGAUGAUGGAUACGAGUAGUACGAUAAAUAAAGGAGAGGGGACGAGUUUUGGAGAGAAAUUCCUGACAAGAUUGCUGCGGGUGCGUUUGCGGUUGCUACUCCAUUGCAAGAGUUAACAUUUGUAAUUAAAGACAUGGAACUUUUCCGUUAUAAUAAACCGGAUGAUCCUAUACUUCAUUUUAGCUAAAUAUACUUAAGUAAUUGAUAAUAAUUCUAAAAAUGUUCAGUAUGAUAAGUAAAACCUGUAAUCAUAGUUAUUAUACAAUAUUUAGAUAUAUAUGUAGAGCGCUUAAAGUAGUAACAGUUAAAUAUGCAGCGGUUCCAGUUUAAAAAUUAAAAUCACAUUGCACUAAAAAAAAUAAAAAAACAUCAAUUAAUAAA